AUGAUUUCUGCAAACCACAUUGCCUAUACGGAGCGCAUCAACCCAUCCGGGGUGACUACUGCACUCUCAGUCGAACAACUCUGGCCAUUACUACAGCGAAAGAUCCGACGUGCCCAUGAAUUUGUUCCGGCCGGUAUCACGAGCACCAAGGUGCUAUCGACAUCGACUACCCCCUUGGGGCUACCCGUAACAGUACGCGAAGCAGUGUUCCUAGAAGGUGGCCGCGUCGUUCGUGAGGAAUGCAUUGAGUACUACCCCGUCAAGGUUGAGUUUGUUCAACCGGACGGGAGCAAGGUGCAGAACAUCAUUAGCGAGGGGCCCGAUGGCGAGCUUUAUAUGACCUACACCUUCGAAUGGUUACAUCCUGAGCUGGAAGGUGACGUUACGGCGCUGGCACAAAAGAGGGAGCAUGAAAUGAAACUGGCAAAGCUAGCUAUUGGGAGUACUCUGAAGGUUAUGCGGGAAAUGGUUGUGGAUGGACGGUGGAAAGAACAGAUCUAA